AUGCUUACAUCGUCUACCUCGUCCAUCCCGAUUCCGAGCGGCGACAUCGAGUCCGAGCAUUCGGACAGCUCCCCCAACAUCCCCUUUUACCCCACGCCCAACUGCACGGCGGCGACCCCCUCCACUAGAUUCAACGUUCCCAUCACAAACGUGAUCCACAUCCACCAGCCCGACACUCCCGCGUCGCUCGCGGCUUCCCUGGGCGCUCUGACUGCUACUGUGGCGUCGCUCGCUGCCACCAUCUCCGGUGCGCUCGCCAAUAUCGAGUCAAACGCCACAGCCGUUGCCAAUAUGGCUGCUACGGUGAACGAACUCAAGACUGUUAUCGAAACCAUGCAGCAGACGGACGCCGACGUGGCCGAGUCCAACGCCACCACCGCUGAAACCGUUUUCCAAAUCAAAACCGCUCUCAACACGGUGCAGCAGGGCCAGGCUGAUGCGAUGCAGUCCAACGCCACCAACACGGCCAUCCUCGUCGAACUCAAUGCCGCAGUCGAUGCCAUGCAACAGGUUCACGCCGACUCCAACGCCACCACGGGUGCCACAUUGGACGAACUCAAGGCUGUUAUCGGCUCCAUGCGGCAGAAGCAGGUGGAUCAGGAUAUCAUGCUGGUCGCCAAGGACACCGCGGCCCGUGGGCAAGAGGACAAGAUCGCCGACCUCGAGACCCAACUCGAGCGGGCACAGAGCGAACGUGGCAAGGCCCUGGCGAUGCUUAACGAGAAGAAAGCGAAGGACCAGUCGGCCGUAGCGGAGUUCGACAAGGCUAUCGAGCAUGCGCAAUUUGAGCGUGAACAGGCGUUCAGGAAGGCCUUGGAUAAGUGUAGGGCUUCCGCGAACCUCGAUGAGCCUCAUGAAACAUGGGUUCUCGACCAAGCGAUGAACCUCUGCAACGACGCCAUUGAGGAUGUCCGCAAAGACGGCUAUGGGGUUAUGGCGAUGUACAAUUGGGAGGAGGGGUGA